GGCGAACAAGUCACUUCCCGCCACACUCGUCCUAGUCCGCCCUCCACCCGCUCGCCCCCCAUGAACGCGGAAUCUCUCGAUGGUCGCUUGCUCUUCGCGAUUCCUAAGAAGGGGAGACUCCAUGAGAAGUGUCUCUCCAUGCUAGCAGGCGCCGAUAUCCAGUUCAGGAGACACGCCAGGCUGGACGUCUGCCUCGUCCUAAAUCACCCUAUUGCGCUUGUCUUCCUCCCCGCCUCCGACAUCCCAUCCUUCGUUGGCAAAGGCAACGUCGACCUGGGUAUCACCGGUCACGAUGUAAUACUCGAAGCCGAAAUGCAAGAGCACGUCAGUGAAGCUCUACGCCUCGGCUUCGGCAAGUGUGCCCUUCAGGUACAGGUGCCCGAGGCCGGCCCUAUCAAGACUGUCGAAGAUCUCGCCGGCAAGCGCGUCGUCACAUCCUUCGAGGUGCUUGCGGGGCAGUACUUCGGUGCGAUCGACGAGAGGCUUGACUUGCAAGGCGAGAAGCGGACGAAGAUCGAGUACGUAGGCGGGAGUGUGGAGGCGGCCUGCUCUUUGGGUCUGGCAGAUGGAAUCGUUGACUUGGUCGAGUCAGGAGACACGAUGCGCGCAGCGGGUCUGCACGCUAUCGCCACUGUGCUGGAUACUGAAGCAGUGCUCAUCAAGUCGCGCGCUACCAAGCACCCUGAACAUCUAGCUCUCAUUGACCGCAUAACCGCACGCAUCGCUGGUGUGAUAGCCGCGAACAAAUAUGUCGCUUGUCAGUACAACAUUCUUCGAGAGAAGCUGGCCGCUGCUACAGUAGUCACGCCUGGCCGGAAGGCUCCUACGAUCGCUCCUUUGGAGGAAGAAAAUUGGGUCGCAGUGAACGUGAUGGUAGAAAAGAAGCACAUCGCAGACAAGAUGGACGAACUUGUGCGGAUAGGGGCGGAGGAUAUCUUGAUUUUCAACAUCGACAACUGCAGAGUAUGAGUCGCAAGGAUAGCGAAAAAUGGCUAACACCGCAGCGCUGGCGUUGGUAGCACCAAGUAUCUUCUUUGUUGUCCACGCAGUUUAUAAUGCGAUGUUCUGACGGCACGACGCAUGCGGGACGGAUCCGCGAGGCAGAGCAGAAAGCACCACGACAGAUGUGGGGGCAAUGUGAACUCAUGAAUCAAGCAGAAGCGAUCGAGCUUGCAAAGAAUGUAGUAUUGUUGCUGACGCUUGGUGUACGCCCAACGAUUAGCCACUCAGGGCUCAAGGUUGCCCGGGAAAGUACCGGCUUCCCGCUGCUCGUCCCACUUCGCCACC